GCACGCCCUUGUGCGAUUAUCUACCAGCACUACCGGUUCCUUGUGGACGGACCGGGACUCAUCAAAAGAGGAUACGACCGGUUCUGUGACGGACUCUUCGAAAUCCCGCGUACAUUCCGAUUUGGCCAGGUUAUCGUUUGCAAGCCUGAGUUAAUUGAGGAGUUGAAGAAUACCGGAAGCGCCGUCGCAUCUCCGGAGCCAUGGAUUGACCAGCUCCUUCAGAUUUCUCACGUCAUGCCUGGGUAUUUCCCCUCUGGUGAAGGGUGGCCUGCGGUUGCGAAGACUACUCCAGGUGUCAUUCGUGGAACUGUGCACAAGCAUUUGGAUCGGUAUAUUCCGGCAAUGAACGAGGCGAUACUAACCCAACUGCGUGCUCUACCCUUUGACGAGAGCGGUGGUAAGCUCAAUUCUGCCAUUUAUCUUAAAUUUUGUAUAUGUUUAAAUGCUCUCAUUCCAGAAUGUACAAUCAGUUGUUUCGAAUUCGCAUACUCGGUCGUCGCCCGCAGUGGUAGCUAUGCCAUGGUAGGCGAACGUCUCGCCAGCAAUGAAGAAUACCUCAAAGCCGUUAAAGAACAUAUUCUGGGAAUGAUUAUGACUACCCGAGUGCAAUUUCUUGUCCCAGAUUGGUUGAAAAGAUAUAUAGGCGGCUUUAUCAGCCGCCUGGCCACAAUAGGUACACGCUGGGAUAUGCACGCAUCACGUAAAGUUUUGCUCAAGCAUUUCGACGCUCGGGCGGCUGAGUACCGCGAUGAAAUGGCAUGUCCUGGGGAUAUAAAUGAUAAAGACGAUGCUAAGUGGACAGAUAAGCCAGUUGAGAUCUUUCGGUGGCUGUUCGAAAGCUCGGUACUUCGUCAUCGAUGGAGCUACCCUGAGGUCCUUGGGGAGAUGCUGUUGCUCCAGUUUGCCUUCGUAUAUACGACCGGCUACGCUCUCUACGGCGCUUUGGCCGAGCUAGCCCGGCAACCAGAGUACCUUCAACCACUGCGAGAGGAGGCUGAAGCUGCCCUCGCCGGAUUUGGAGCCACCGUCCCAGCCUGUGAUCGAAUGAUACUUCUUGAUAGCUUUCUGAAGGAAUGCCAACGCCUGCACCCGCCUGCAGCUAUAUCCGCCCACCGGGUCUGUGUCAACGCACUUGAAUUCUCCAAUGGGAUAACUCUCAAACCUGGAACCCAUGUCGGCGUACCGAGCAGCUGGAUCCAGCGGUCAAGCGCAUAUUACGAGGAUCCAGAGACUUUCGAUGGAUAUCGAUUUGUGAAACGCGCAGCGGCUGGGGUAACAAACACCAGCCUAGUCGACCUAAGCCCCGAUUAUCUUGUCUUUGGAAUGGGUGUUCAUGCCUGUCCCGGCCGGUGGAUGGCAAGUGCUCUAAUGAAGCUAGUUAUUGCCGAGUUAUUGAUUCGCUUUGACAUUCUUCCCGAAGCCGAAGGAUCCUCGCAGGGUCCAUUGAUCGGAUCUCUCUCCUUCGAAGAGUUCUAUGUGCCCAACUUUGGGCUGAAAGUUCGUCUCCGUCCGCGGAAGCUUCUCCAAGCCAGACUAAACUCCUUCAACCAUCCCAGUCAAGCCCAAGCCCCCCCCUUGGAAAUGCCCUCCUCCCGCCCUCUGAUAAUUCCCCAAAAGCGGGCCCUAUUCCCUCCAAGGACGAAUAGCAUCUCCCCUCAAACCCGCACAUAUCAACUCCUCAAUCCGAGCGCCGUGGCGGCUGAGACGUGCAUAAAAGAGCCCCGCAACCCGGAACCCGAAGACGAGCCUGCGAGCCAUCCAGGGAGCGGAGAUGACGGAUCAAGUAAUCUCACGCGCAUUGAGUUCGACUUCGCAGCGCCCCCGCAACCAUUUCUCGAUCCACCUGCCUGGGAGGCGAUGCUGAAGCGGUCACGGACGAAGAGCUCAUCUGGUGAGGAGAACCGUGCCGGGGGCGCGGGAGAGGGCGAAGGAGAGGGAAGGGCGAGUGGGGGCUCUGAGACUCCCCAAGACCAAAGGGUUCGAAGGGAAAGGGAGGCGGAAUACAACUCUCUCGCGAUCCGGGGACGGUCGAGUAUAUCUGGGCGUGGGAAACGAGGGCGAGGGGUCGGGAGAGGGGGAUAUUGGGGAGGGCGACAGUGA